GCUAUAUUACAACAAAAACAUGGAUAUUAUCUCAGCUGCCAAAACUCUCCAACAACAACUGGUUGCCCUUAACAACAGUGACUUAACCAUUUCACUUUUAGAUGGCCAGUUAGAAAAUCUAGGAUACCAGUCUAUGAUGUCAAGUAUAGCAGAGAACCAGUCUCAUCAUUUACGUCUGCUGCUGCGUGUAUCAGUCACAGAAGGUGUAUGUAACAUGUACCAGCAUUACUCCAGUGACAAAUGGGCUCAGGUUCAGAACACAGCUAGAACAAUCAAGUCAACAAUUGAGGUUGAUGGUGAGCAGCAGACGACAUCAAUGAUUACAACAAAUACAAGAAUUUCUGGUACAGAUAAAGCAGCAGAAGAAUGGACCAGUGUCAUGUGUGAGCUGUCUAGACAUGAAUGACUAUUGUUAAUUUUAUCAUGAACUUUGUGCUGAA